AUGCUUAUGCGAGGCCAUCACAUCCAGCUGCGAAGACUUUCAAGAUGCAGCGCCUCGCAACAUGCGCUCCUCGGGGUUGCGAUUGGCCAGUAUUACCCAACUUCCGCAUUCAAGCUUAAUCACAACGGCAAUGGUCGUAACUCGAGCCCACUCAAGACCCUGAUGCAGACUAACCAUCUACCAAUAACUCCCUUCCAUAACUUUCAUUCCAAGAGGAUGGGGUCUACCAGAACCAACUCAGCCACUGUGGAGUCGGCGAAGCAGGCUGCUGCAAAACGUGCCGUGGAUGGCCAUCUUAGUUCCGAGCAUCGGUGGGUUGGCAUCGGGUCUGGAAGCACUAUCGUCUACCUCGUUGAUACGAUCUCGAAAUGGGAAAAGGGCCUGACUGACCGCAUGAAGUUCGUCCCCACGGGAGAGCAAUCGCGACUACUUAUUGAAGCUGCCGGUCUUCGCCUGGGCAGCCUAUCCCAACUUCCUCGAGAUGAACUGUUGGACGUCUGCUUUGACGGGGCUGAUGAGAUUGAUCGGGACCUCAACUUAAUCAAAGGCGGAGGGGCUUGCCUGCUGCAGGAGAAGGUUGUGGCAACUGCAUCGAAGAAAUUCAUUUGUGUCGCAGUCGAGUCUGGUGCUGACCCGUGCGUUCUUCCUCGCAAAGACUACCGCAAAUCCUCAGAUUGGCUGUGCAGCAACUGGAGGCAGGGAGUCCCCAUAGAAGUGUUGCCGUCCGCUGCAAGCCGCGUGCUGGCAGAGCUGCGCCGGCUUGGCUCGAUCAAUCCAAGCAUCCGCCAGGGCGGCACGCAGAAGGCAGGACCAGUCGUGACGGACAACAGCAUGUGGAUCAUCGACGCACCCUUUCCUGCGCUUGCGGCAGAGACGGGCACGUCAAAUUCCAAUGCGGAUCCAAAUAAUUGUCUCCGAUGGACAUCUGGAGCGCUUGCUCGUCGCCUCAUCCGCAUACCAGGGAUCAUCGAAACAGGGCUAUUCACAGGGCAUGACAACUACGGAGGCCGGGGCGGAGCUGAGAGGCCGGUUGCUGUGUAUCUUGGGCUGGCAGACGGCGGUGUCGAGGUCUUCGAGGCAUGA